GAACGGUCUGACCCCUGGAACUGACCAUGCAAUCAACGAUUGCACGUCUCGCUGAGUCUGUGUCCAAGAGGCCUCUCAACCUCCGGGAAACAAGUGCUACCCUACUACCGUCUAAGCCCCUGUAUCGGAGGAUUCUACGCGCCCAUCGCUCUCUACCGCAGGAGAUGCGCUCACUCGGAGAUGACUAUGUGAAAGCAGAAUUCCGUCGGCACAAGGAUGUAACCAAUAAAGUUCACAUCAUUGGCUUUCUUUCGCAAUGGAAGGUGUACCUUGACGAGCUGCCCGCGGGACCAGAGGCGAAGGGCUUCACAGGCAAGAAGCUGGACCCCACCGUUCUAGAGAAAAUGUCUGCGGAGCAACUGGGCCAGUUAUACGAGUUGAUGAACGUCACCAAAGAAGUCUGGAAGCCAAGCGCUCCAAGUGAUGCUCCAGAAAGGUCAUGAACCAUACAUCGAAGAUUGAGACGCGAUCACUCAGCAGGGCAAGCUUUACCUACUGACUGUAUCUGCAUGCGUCUCAAGAUCCAUCAGUACUUCUUAGCCACCUCUGUACAUUCAUGGCCCCAAUAUACUGGUUUAAGGUCAUGUCUUAUUCUAUCUCUUUCCUUGUC